CCGAUAGAUGAGAUUUGAAAUACUUAUGGUUUACCAAAUGCAUUUACAAUAAACGAUUAUGACCCAAGCGAAAAUGGGAGCGGCUGGGGCUCAAAAGUCGUAACUUUCCCACCCUCAAGGAACUAUACGAGUCUCUGAGUGUCUUGAAGGAAGCAAUUCGGCCCGAUGGAUGCCUAUGGUUGCUUCACGCCCUCGGUUUCAGAACUUCCGAUAAAAGCUGUCCUUUGCUGGUUUAAAAACUUUAAAUUGCCAAGUUCCAUUAUUGGGAAGAAGAUUUGACGCAUUGUGUGUGUUUGUGAAAAUUUCACUUCAAUCCGAGAAAGAUAAAUUACACAAGGGAAAGGGAGAGAUCAGAGAACCCAAAUGUUCCCUUUGCUGUAAAUGUCUCCUUCCCAUAGUAAGCUUCUUUCUCUUCACUCACCAAAACUUGUCUCACCUUUCACCAUCGCCCCUACACUGCCACCGCCGGCAGCCAAUCCCACUGACAUAGCCAGCCUCAUCCUCAAUUCCAACAACCCACAUACCCUAACCCAAAUCCUCUACUCUCCUACUCUCCAUUGGACCCCACAGCUUGUCGACCAAAUUCUCAAACGCCUCUGGAACCAUGCCUAUAAAGCCCUCCAUUUCUUCACUGUCCUCUCCCACCAUCCGACCUACGCUCACUCUCUCUCCUCCUUUGACCACACCAUUGACCUUGCGGCUCGCCUGUGCGACUACAAAACUGUAUGGACCCUCGUGAACCGGAUGAAAUCCCUCCACCUGGGUCCUACCCCAAAGACAUUUGCCAUCAUUGCUGAAAGGUAUGCCUCUGCUGGGAAAGCCGAUAGAGCAGUAAAGAUUUUUUUGUCAAUGCAUGAACAUGGUUGUAGUCAAAGUUUGACUUCUUUUAAUACCAUUCUUGAUGUGUUGUGUAAGGAGAAGAAAGUUGAGAAAGCUUACAACUUGUUGAAGAUUUUUAGGGGCAAAUUUAAGGCUGAUGUUGUUAGUUAUAAUGUUAUUGCAAAUGGGUGGUGCUUGGUUAAGAGGACUGGCAAGGCUUUGGAGAUUUUAACGGAAAUGGUUAAUAGAGGAUUAGAGCCCAAUUUGACGACUUACAAUAUAAUGCUUAAAGGGUAUUUUAGAGCUGGUCAAAUUGAGGCAGGUUGGAGGUUCUUUUUGGAGAUGAAGAAGAGGAAAUGUCAAAUUGAUGUUGUUACUUACACUACUGUGGUUCACGGGUUUGGUAUUGUGGGUGAUAUUAAGAGAGCUAGAAAGGUUUUUGAUGGGAUGAUUAGGGAGGGUGUGCUCCCAUCAGUUGCAACUUAUAAUGCUCUAAUUCAGGUUUUAUGUAAAAAGGAUUCUGUCGAGAAUGCUGUAGUGCUUUUUGAGGAGAUGGUGAGGAAGGGUUAUGUGCCCAAUACGACAACUUAUAAUGUGGUGAUUAGAGGGUUGUGUCAUGCUGGUGAAAUGGAAAGAGCUAUGGAAUUUAUGGGAAGAAUGAAAGAUGAUGAAUGUGAGCCAAAUGUACAGACAUAUAAUAUUAUCAUCCGGUACUUUUGUGAAGCAGGAGAUAUUGAAAAGGGUUUAGAUUUGUUUGAGAAGAUGGGCAGUGGAGAUUGCUUGCCAAAUUUAGAUACAUACAAUAUUUUAAUAAGUUCAAUGUUUGUGAGGAAGAAAUCAGAUGAUUUGUUGGUUGCUGGGGAGUUGUUGAUUGAGAUGGUUGAUAGAGGAUUCAUGCCUACGAGGUUCACUUUGAAUCGGAUUUUGAAUGGGCUUCUAUUAACAGGUAAUCAAGGUUUAGCUGAAGAGAUUUUGAGAUUGCAGAGCAGAUGUGGCCGUUUUCCUCGUCAAUUCAAAUUGUGAAGCCUGUUUGCAUUCAGAUUUGCUGAUGAAUCUGCCUGGACCAUUUCAGACUCUGACAUUCAGAGGAUGGCUUGCUUCUUUUCCAUACGGAUGUAUCAUGAUUGAAUUUGGAUUUAAUUAGGCACUGGGCUUGCGGUUUUCUGCUACUUUUCUAGCAGUCCAAAGAAUAAGACCUUUGUUAUGUGUUUUGAUUGAGGUAUUGACAGUCUUAAGACUCCAUCCUGGAGGUUUUGUAUCUCUUUCAGUCUUGAGGGAAAUCAGAGUACCAUUCUGUAUGGAGGCAAUCAAUAGUGGAAGCAUUAACUGUAUGGCUGUGAUCAGUUUCAAGGUUUGUUUGCUUCCUUUCCUAUUCUAAUGUGCUAUGCUGGGAUUAUAAUCAUGUCAGUUUUAAAAUCAAUAUAUGAUUGUAUCAGUUACUCUACCUGUAAGUCCUUCAUAUCAGGUGCAAAGAUAAAGACGACUGCUGUCCCCGACUGUUAUUUCUGUAUAUUUGUUGUAAUUAGGAUAAGGCAAUAUAUUUCAGUCAGAGUUGUUAACCUUAUUGUAGAACAAAGUUCUCUAAUUUUUUACAGAGUAUUUGCUUAAUCAA